AUGGCGUCUCGCUUCCUCAAGUACUCGGCUCUUCUGCAGAAGUACCGCACUCCGGUGCUCGUUGCCACCUGUGGUGGGGUCUUUGCAGCCAACAUGUUCUACCAUGUCUUUCCUGACAUAUCCUAUCGGAAGCUGUAUCAGGCCUGGCACAAAGGAGAGCCGGCUGAGCUGUCGGAUAAGCUGGAGGAUGUUUUCCAACAGGUACUGUGUGUGUGUCUUUAUGCACAGUAGGUUUUUAUGUAUUGUGAGGUUUCUUACCAAUACAUCUGAUGGAAGUUUCUAAAUAGUAAGUACAGCUUUUACGAUUACCCGGAGAUGGUGUAAACAAUAGGGAAAUUGAAUGGCAGGAAACCCUUAACAAAACCCCUACAUUUUAACAUUAAGAUACUGUAAAUCACUAUAUUUGAGUAUGCCUUACACACAUGUAUAAGUGUUUAACAAUAGCUGAGGAACAAUACUCAAAUUAAUGUACAUACUUUGCAGUUGCUAGCUCUUAUACAAUUUAUUUGUUUUACAGAAGUGUCUAAAAGUGUAGAACGGGGCAGUAAUCUGAGUUUUAAUGUUGUCGUUUGUAGGUGCUGAAGGACUACGGAUUGAGUUCACCCAAGAAUUUCUCUGCUUUCGCCUCCUUUGGCUUCCAUCCAGUUGGUGCUGGCGUCCCUUGGCUUCCUGCUGGAGCUCAAAUCGGCAUCCCAGCAAACUUUAACAGCACAGUAGACGACCCAAGCGGCAUCACCAACCGCACCAUUUUCAUAAACGGGAAAGCCGUGGACUGGAGCAGCGAUACUGGCGCAGUUCUGAAGGAUGCACUGGUGUUAUCCCUUGAGGCACAGAAGUUUGCCGUAGCCCGAGAAGUGGCCCGCUUGCAGUCUGGAGGACCUAUUUUGAGUGCUGUUGUUGCCCCUUUCUGCCUGAGCGGUGUUUGGGUUUACAGUGUGGUGCUGAAGCAGAUGUUUGGGCUCCACACGGGGCCUCCGCUGAUUCGUGGGGUCGUGAAUGUUGUGGCCCUGGGUCUGGGUGCCGUGUCCUACUUCCUCACCUCUGAUGCAGUGAAACAGUGGGUCGAUUUGAGCUCAGACCGGCUUGCGGCAGGAAUGUCCCAUGAUUAUGCCAAAGGAGGGGUUGAGUUUUAUGAUAAGAUUCUGUCCAGAAACCAAACACUGCGCUCGCUGAUGGGACAGAAGGGAGAGAAUAUGUAUGCCCCGAGUGGGAACUUGUUUCCUGCUAACCUCCUACAGCUGAAACACACGCCGUACACAUCCAGGAGGGACAAGAUCCUCACUCUGCUUAAAGAGGAGAAGGUUUAA